AUGGUCCUCUCAAACUCCAGAAAGCACUCGGCUGGCACUACGUUCGCCGGUUUCACGUUCGUGACCGGCAUGCUCUUAUCAUCAAGACCUGCCGAGAAGCCGACGGCAGCUUUCGUGUCUCGUUUGUGCGAGGCAAUAUCGGCACCAGCCUACCAGGGCCACAUUGUGUAUUGUCUCCAGGAUAGUCACAUGGUGGCCUCUAGGCGGAAAGAAAGUGUCACUUUAUCCCCUCAACUUGCAGAAGUUAAUCGGAGGGGCCAUGACCUGAAUGUCGUUUGGUGCGCCCACACAACACCCAGACCGUCCCUGGCUUGCAACGCCAAUUCAAUCAGCAUUUCCGUGUACGCCGCGCGAUUGUUGCUCGUUGUCGGCAUUUUCUACACAAACUUCAAUGAGGAGGAUUUCAUUGGCUGUUUUCGAUUCACGGCUGAUAUCCUGGACUACAAGAACAGCAGCGAGCAGGGAAAAUCCUACAUCAGAAAUAUCUGGGCGAACAUUGCAACGAAGAUCAAGUUCUAG